AUGUACGGGGGGGGGGGGGGGGGGGGACUGACCCCACGCGGGUCAGGAAAGAUCCGGUGUCUGGCGUAUUGCCCUGACAAGGGGUUUACACGCCACAGACACGAGGACUUGCUGAACCCGUGGGGGGAACGCGGUCUUCUGGAUCCACGGUCCUCUUCGCCUGACGCAUUGCUCCGUGCGGGGUUUACGCGUCACAGGCAGGAGUUGGCAGCGGUGAAACCUGGUGCGGGGGAAGCCGCUGUCUGUGGUUUCAGACUCGUGCGGGUCUGGCAAGUGAAACAUAAACAAGCAGUGCUCGCGUUCUCGCGAGACUUCGCAAUGUCACACACGUGUGAAGACUGCGGGGUGCAAAUGCCCAUUGAGGAUGGGCAUAUGAAGUGCGUUUUAGGUUUGGGAGAGGAUCAUGCCUCUGCGGCCAGGGAAGACCCGUCCUCUUGCAUGAACUGCUUUAUUAUACCCAGGCCGUCACUCGAGGCUCGUUGUUGUCUGUUUAGGGGCAAGAAACGGAAAGCCUCUGUUACUGAGCUGAGCCAGGAAAAACGUGACAGAGGGUUGGGAACUAGGUCAAAGACUCCCAUGAUUGGGCCUCCACUUACAAUUACUGUGCAUGACACCUCUGAGCCUCAUGAGCAGGAGGACGUGAGUGAUGUGGAUGUGGAGUGUUUUUCAGACAGUGAUUUGGCACCUGACCAGGAGGGCACGGCAUCUGUAGGCCAUGUUUGGUCCUGGUGCCAUGAGUAUGUUACAGCAGGCCCAGGAGGCACGCAGAUGUGCGCGGGAAGUGUCUGGGGUGGUUGUGCGGCGGCGCAAGUGGCAGAGUGCAGGUUCCGCAUCCAGGCCACCUACACAAACCGGUCAGCAGCAAAACUGGGGCUCACGGGACUUACGUACCACCAUUGA